CUUCUAAUAAAAGUCUUUCUUUUGAUAGUUGAUGCUCAUCACUCCGCAUUAGAACAAAACCCUAAGGGUUCUUGUAAGGGCCAAUCGCCGCCAGAUUGAUCUCAGCCCACUAUAAAACCCUCUUCUUCCAUGUUUUUCUUGUUUCUUCAAUGAAAAUUGCUCUCUUUCUUUAUCUAUCUAUUUCUCACACAAUCUUUGCUGCUUGAAACAUGGUGCGCAAAGUUGUGUGCUUUGUUUCAUAAAAUUGAUUUAGAAGAUAAGAGAGGAAAGCCCCAUCUUUUUUAACAUGUUUUAUGAUUGAAAAUUGAAGUUUUUGCAGUUUAGGAGUGGGCAAUUGAUGCUCAUCAAUUUAGUAGGUGUACAAGUUUUGAUCUUUUCACAUCUUGAAGCUGUAAGUAGGGUUUUGGCUAUUUCUAACGUAGACAAGUUUUGAUUUUGGAGACGGUUUAGGUUUUAGGGUUUGAUUAUAACUGGUGGGUGUUGAUCAGUUAUUGAGUUGUUAUAGGGGGUAAUGAUCAAAUUGGGGUUUUGAAUAUGCUAUCUGAAUUGGGAAGGAGACCGAUGAUAGGAGCUAAUGAUGGAUCAUUCGGUGAUGAUUUAGAGAAGGAGAUAGGGUUAUUGUUGCGUGAGCAACGUAGGCAAGAAGCUGAUGAUCGUGAGAAAGAGCUCAAUUUGUAUAGGAGUGGUUCUGCUCCUCCAACCGUGGAGGGUUCAUUGAAUGCAGUCGGGGGCUUGUUUGGCGGCGGAGGUAAUGGUGGUGCCUCUUUCUCAGACUUUAUUGGUGGAAAAAAUGGGAAUGGUUUCACGUCCGAGAAGGAGCUUAGGUCUGAUCCAGCUUACUUAUCUUAUUACUAUUCAAAUGUGAAUUUGAACCCUAGGCUUCCUCCUCCUUUGCUGUCGAAGGAAGAUUGGAGGUCUGCGCAGAGAUUGAAGGGUGGAAGUUCAGUCUUAGGUGGGAUUGGAGAUAGGAGGAAAGGUAGUAGAGCUGAUAAUGGUAAUGGUAGAUCAAUGUUUUCAAUGCCACCAGGGUUUGAAUCGAGGAAUCAAGACAGUGAGGUUGAGUCAGAGAAGGUUUCUGGCUCACUUGAAUGGGGUGGUGACGGGCUGAUUGGUUUACCAGGAUUAGGACUUGCCAGCAAACAGAAGAGCUUUGCUGAAAUAUUUCAGGAUGAUUUGGGGCGUGCAACUCCUGUGACAGGGCCCCCAUCUCGCCCGGCUAGUCGUAAUGCAUUUAAUGAAAACGUUGAGACCUUAGGUUCAGCUGAAGCGGAGUUGGCUCAUUUGCGCCGUGAAUUAUCAUCUGCAGAUACUUUACGAUCUGGUGCAAAUGGCCAGGGCUCCUCUCCUGUCCAAAAUAUAGGCCAACCUUCUUAUAGUUAUGCUGCUGCUCUUGGUGCCUCCUUGUCUAGGAGUACUACUCCUGAUCCUCAACACGUUGCCAGGGCCCCUAGUCCAUGUCCUACACCCAUUGGACAAGGGAGAGUUAGUGCAUCUGAAAAGAGAGGCACUGCUAGUUCAAACUCAUUCAUUGGUGUCUCAUCUGGUAUCAGGGAGCCUUCAGAGUUGGUAGCUGCGUUUUCUGGCAUGAACUUGGCAACAAAUGGUGGAGUAGAUGAAGAAAGCCAUUUGCCAUCACAGGCUGAACAGGAUGUUGACAGCCAUCAGAAUUAUCUCUUUGGCCUCCAAGGUGGCCAGAAUCAUCUGAAGCAAAAUACAUACAUAAAGAAGUCUGAAUCUGGGCAUUUACAUAUGUCUUCUGUUCCUCAAUCUGCCAAUUUAUCAUAUUCUGAUUUGGCUAGGAGUAAUGGUGGUGGAUCAAACCUCAACAGCCCAUCCUUGAUGGCUGACAGGCAGGUUGAACUACAAAAAUUGGCCUUUCCUUCUGGCAAUUCUUACAUGAAAGGAUCACCUACCUCGGCUCUUGGUGGUGGAGGUGGCUUACCUGCACAGUAUCAGCAUCUAGAUGGUAUCAAUUCAUCACUUCCAAACUAUGGACUGAGUGGGUAUUCCAUGAAUCCAGCAUUGGCUUCCAUGAUUGCUCAGCAGCUUGGCACUGGUAAUCUGCCACCAUUAUUUGAAAAUGUUGCUGCCGCAUCUGCUAUGGCCAUCCCUGGAAUGGACUCAAGAGUGCUCGGAAGUGGUUUGGGGUCUGGAACAAAUCUAACUGCUGCUUCGUUGGAGUCUUAUAAUCUUGGGAGAGGGGGGAGUACAAUAGCAGGUAGUGCUCUUCAGGCACCUUUUGUUGAUCCUAUGUAUCUCCAGUACUUGAGGACUCCUGACUAUGCUGCUACCCAGCUCUCUGCUAUUAAUGAUCCCUCAAUAGAUAGGAACUACUUGGGUAAUUCAUACUUGAAUUUCCUUGAAAUUCAAAAGGCUUAUGGUCUUCUAUCAUCUCAGAAAUCACAGUAUGGUGUCCCAUUAGGUGGUAAAUCUGGCAGUUCUACUCAUCAUGGUUAUUUUGGGAAUCCUGCCUUUGGUGUUGGUAUGCCAUAUCCUGGAAGUCCCCUGGCAAGCCCUGUCAUUCCAAACUCCCCAGUUGGACCUGCCAGUCCCUUAAGACACAAUGAACUGAAUAUGCGUUUUCCUUCUGGAAUGAGGAACUUAGCUGGGGGCAUCAUGGGACACUGGCCCUUGGAUGCAGGAUGUAACAUGGAUGAAAACUAUGCUCCAUCCCUUUUGGAAGAGUUCAAGAGCAAUAAAACCAAGUGUCUUGAACUCUCAGAAAUUGUUGGUCAUGUUGUUGAGUUCAGUGCGGAUCAGUAUGGGAGCCGAUUCAUUCAACAAAAACUUGAGACUGCAACAAUGGAUGAGAAAAAUGUGGUUUAUGAGGAAAUCAUGCCCCAGGCUCUUCCUCUGAUGACUGAUGUGUUUGGUAAUUAUGUAAUUCAGAAGUUUUUCGAGCAUGGCCUUCCAUCACAGAGAAGAGAAUUGGCUGGCAAUCUUUUUGGUCAUGUUUUGACACUUAGUCUUCAAAUGUAUGGCUGUCGAGUGAUCCAGAAGGCCAUUGAGGUUGUUGACCUAGACCAGAAAAUAAAAAUGGUUGAAGAGCUCGAUGGUCAUGUAAUGCGGUGUGUACGUGACCAGAAUGGGAACCAUGUCAUCCAAAAGUGCAUCGAGUGUAUUCCUGAAGAUAACAUUCAGUUUAUUGUCUCAACAUUCUUUGAUCAAGUUGUGAAUCUCUCCACCCAUCCAUAUGGGUGUCGUGUGAUACAGAGGAUAUUGGAACACUGCAAGGACGCAAAAACAGAGAGUAAAGUUAUGGAUGAGAUUUUAGGUGCUGUUAGUAUGUUGGCGCAAGAUCAAUAUGGAAAUUAUGUAGUGCAGCAUGUGCUGGAACAUGGAAAAUCUCAUGAACGAUCUGCUAUUAUCAAGGAGUUAGCUGGGAAGAUUGUCCAGAUGAGUCAGCAGAAGUUUGCCUCCAAUGUUGUGGAGAAGUGUUUAACUUUUAGUGGUCCUGCUGAACGCCAAAUACUGGUCAAUGAGAUGCUUGGCACUACUGAUGAAAAUGAGCCUCUUCAGGCAAUGAUGAAAGAUCAGUUUGCCAACUAUGUUGUGCAAAAAGUGCUGGAGACAUGUGAUGACCAACAGCGUGAGCUGAUCCUUACAAGAAUAAAAGUCCAUUUAAAUGCACUGAAGAAGUACACCUAUGGAAAGCAUAUUGUUGCACGUGUAGAGAAACUUGUUGCUGCUGGGGAAAGGAGAAGUGCUGCACAGUCCCUGCACCCUGCUUAGUUGUGAUAGGAAAAAAAGUUGUUUGUACAGCUAACCGAGGCUAGUGUGAGCUUCCUCUCUUUAUUCCUUCCUGUUUGAUGGCUACGUCUCUACCCAUCUCUUUAGACAGGUAUGGGCUGUUUGAAAAUAAAGUUGUUGCUUGUAUCGGAAACUGUACAUUCUGUAGUUUAAGGUUUAUACAGAGUUGAACAAGCGAGGUUCAGAUGUUGAAUGCACACCUGAUGCCCCCUGCAGAGGAGAUAAAUGACAUACGAGUUUUUAAGGGUGUAAAAAUGUCGGGGUAGUCUAAACGUGAUAUGUACAAAAUGUUGGUAUGUGAAGAGCUGUUAUUGUUUAGGUGAGGGCAGAGUUUUCUUCUAUGUAUCCGGAUUCGACUUUUUUCUCUAUUAAAAGUACAUUUCUCUUCCGUUCAA